AUGAUCUCGGGUAGUCGGGACAGUUGUUUUCCAGCCUCUGCUGUCUCAACCAUCAAAGUUGGUGACCGACUCAACUCCACUUCUCAGCUUGUUUCCCCUGGUGGAAACUUCACCUUAGGCUUCUUUACCAUUCCAGAAACAAAAUAUACUUACUUAGGAAUUUGGUACACGGUUGAUGAUAGUUUGUCCAGGAAAGUAUGGGUAGCCAACCCAUCUACUCCGAUCAUAUCAAAUUCUAGCGUUCUCAUGAUCAAUCCCGACACUGGGAAACUGAUCAUUGACACUGGAGGAAUAACUCUAGUAAAUAUCUCAGACAAUCAAUCCGGUCCUACCAGUAAUUUGACUGCAACGCUUCAAGACAUCGGUGAUUUCCAGCUGAAGAAUGAAGUUGACAACCAAAUUCUGUGGAAGAGUUUUGAUUAUCCGACUAACGUACUUUUACCAGGUAUGAAACUCGGGUCUGACCUUAGAACAGGCACCCGUAACUGGAAGUUAACUUCUUGGCUAAGCGAUAAAGUACCUGAUUAUGGCGCUUUUACUAUGAGUUGGGAACCCAAUGGAGAAAAUUCACAGAGGUUACUGAUUCGACAGAGGGGGCAGCCUUACUGGACCAGUGGGGAUAUGAAUGAUCAAACAUUUAAGUUUAUGUUUGUGAAUGCGCCAUGGAGUGAAUACUGGUACAAUCUAAGUUAUGUGUAUAAUAAUGAGGAAAGAUAUUUCAGUUAUCAUGGCUUCAAUGGUAAUACACCCAUGUGGAUUUUGACUUCAAAUGGCCAAGUUUUAGAUGAUGAAAGCAGUGCAUUAUGGAGCCCUGAGUGUGUUGCAGGUUCUAAUUUGCCUCAGUGUCGGAGUGAAGAUGAUCAAUUUUUUCAAAGGAAUGGGGAUUUUGCCCCUGACAUGACUGAAGGUUCAUCAUAUGAUGAUAAUUCAAGCGUAAGCUUUAGUGACUGUAUGGUGAGAUGCUGGAAUGAUUGCAGUUGUUUGGGUUUUAUCACUAACAGCAAUGGAACUGGAUGUUUAAGAUGGACAGGAGCCAAAUCAGUCAACAACUUUUUGGUUAAUCCACAAGGAAUUUCUGUAGCAAAGCAUGGCUUGAUUGCAGAAGAGAGACAAAAGGACGAUGAAAAACAUUUGCUUGAACUGAUGGAUUCAAGUAAUACUGAAAAGGGCGGUAGAAAAGGAAGUCAUAUGAUGGUGUUCAGCUUCUCUGCUAUAGUAACAGCCACAAAUGAUUUCUCGGAUGAAAAUAAACUUGGACAAGGUGGUUUUGGACCUGUUUAUAAGAAAUAUUAA